CCUUCCUUGGUCACGUCGAUCCGCGCGGUGGCGCAUUCUUCUCCGGCCUCGAAGUCCUCCUCCUCCUUGUUGAGCUCGAUCUUCGCCUCACGAAGACCCUUCGUGGUCGGCCAAAGGGCAUCGCCGUUCUCGUCGAACUUGCUCUACGCCCGUGCGGCCACUGCCGCAGGAGAGAGCAUCGCGCUCCCUGGCCUGCUUCGAGCGCCAUGCCUCGACCGGGGGACGGCUGGAGCUGCCGGCCUCGAUGUUGUGACGGGCUUGCUUGUGUGGACCGCCGCGGCCCUGCGGCCACCAUGCCCUCCCCACCCCUCCCGGGCAUUGAUAUGCUCAAAAGGGAUUGUGCGCGCAAGAAACGGUCGCCGGAGUGGGUGAAUUUCGCGCCGGAGCAAGGGGAUUUACGUCGGAGGCGGAUGGGGAAAAUGGCUAAUAAGAACCCUAAAUCGGCUGGAAUCCGGUACAUAUAGCAGUGGAGCCGGGAUUUUUUACUGGAUCUGCUCGGACCGAAAUUUUACCGUUUCGUGUGAAUCGACCGAAAUUAUGAGGGCCGGCGGGAUCAGCCCCGCCUCUCGCAUGGUAGACGCUACUUCUGUGGUUCCAAUCAACGCAAUCCCAUCGUCUAUCAUAUCGUCUCCGAGUUCGAACUCCCCACUUCCUGGCCAAUCAAUCGUUCCAACGAUGUGCUCCUGCGCGCCCCUCCCCCACCCACCCUUCAAACCCGCGCCCGCGCCCCAUCCAAACCUAAACCCAAAUCCCAACGCCGCCUCCGCGCACGGACCAACACUGCUCCGCUGCGCCCUCGUCGCGCGCGCGGCCGCAAGGGACGAUCCGCCGCCGGCGCCGUCCAGCUUCGACUUCCUGGCGCUGAAGCGGGAGCUCGAGGAGCAGGAGGAGGCGGUGGUCCCUGUGGAUGCGACGGAGGGAGGAGGAGACGAGGUUGUUAACGAGGAAGAUGGCGAGAGGGAGCCAAAGAGGAUUGUUAGCAGCGGGAGGAGGACAGGGAGGCAAAUGGCGAGGCGGUCGGGGCUGCUCGCGAAGCAGGUGAUCAGCGUCAGCUCAGCGCGGAGCCUCGGGUUCGUGUCUCAGCUGUGGGUCGACGCCUCGUCGUGGGUUGUGGCAUUGGUUGAAGUGAGGCCAAGCUUGCUUUCAGGAGAUGCGGACAAAUUCCUUUUUGACGAUAUAUAUCAGAUUGGAGAUGUUGUGCUUGUUGAGGAUGAAUCUGUGGUUGAGAACGAAUUUAAGCUAGUUGGGCUGCAUGGCUUGGUUGGCUACAAUGUUGUAACUUCCAGGCGGCGCAAUGUCGGUAAGGUGCGUGGCUUCACUUUUAACAUUAACUCAGGUGUUUUGGAGUCUCUUGAGCUCGAUUCAUUUGGGCUUACCAUUGUCCCUGUUAGUCUGGUAAGCACGUACUGUUUAUUUGUGGAAGAUGUGCUUGAUAUAGUUUCUGAUACAAUCGUGGUGCAUGAAGAUGCAAUCUCUCGUGUUCAACGGUUAACACAGGGCAUCUGGGGCACCCAAAAUAUGCAAGGACCUGGCGAUCAGAUAGGCGAGUACAACAGAUAUGGAAGGCGAAGAGCUAGGUCUGUUAAGAGACAAAAUAGCCAGGGUAAGCCCAUGGGCCGAAAGCUCCAUAGGAAAACGCGGGAUCCGGAGGAUGAGUGGGAACUGCCAAUGGAGUAUUGACACACGCACACGCAACACGCUCUCUUCCCGUCCUCAGAGAAGAAGUGCUGUCCCACUGUUCUAGUUAGUGCUCAGCUACAAUAGGAUAUGUCAGUUUUUUUUCUACAUUAUUGGAAGACCACGAAUAGGAAAGGAAAUAGUUUGGCCAUCUUGGGCGUGCUUUGGCUUGGUGGGUUAGUAAAAAGCGAGUAUGUCUGCCGACUUCCGACGUCCUAAUUAUGGUACAAAAUGAUUCAUUUGUGGUGAGUUCAUUUCUCAUGUAAUGAUGAGGCUUCUUUUGACUUCACUGACACUCAACGACUGAAGUGUAUAUGCGUGUAAUCAUGUUGUGAUGUACUACUACCACCGGAGACUGGACUAGUACUGCUUAGAUUAGUAUACCUCUAGCCAGAAUGUCAAGGUUCCUGCUAUAUUUGUACAAAAGGAAAAAAAAACAACAGCUUGGUUUCUGAAAGGGAGGUCUGUGGCUACUUCAA